GCCCGCACGUGUUUUUGUUUACCCGUUGGAAAUCGUCGAAAUGCGGUUCGUUCCGUCGGUUCUUUCUGGAAAUCCGUGAUUUUAAUCGUGAAAAGUUGAUUAUUUCUGGAGGAAAAGUGAAAAUUAUUUGCUAGUUAGCUGCGCGCCACCAUGGACCUCGACGAUCCGAACGUGAUUCCGGGUUUUUCGGUGGAAAACGUGGACCUGGACUACGACGACGAUGAGCCGGGCAAGGGCGGCAAAAAGAAGAAGAAGAACGGGGGCGGAUUCCAGGCCAUGGGCCUCGCCAUGCCUGUGCUGAAGGGAAUUUUGAAGAUGGGCUACAAGGUGCCGACGCCGAUCCAGCGGAAGACGAUUCCGUUGAUACUGGAGGGGCGGGACGUGGUGGCGAUGGCCAAGACGGGCUCGGGAAAGACCGGUUGCUUUUUGAUUCCGUUGUUCGAGAAGCUGAAGCAGCGGGAGAUUAAGAAGGGCGCGAGGGCGUUGAUUCUGUCGCCGACGCGGGAGCUGGCCAUCCAGACGUUCAAGUUCAUCAAGCAGCUGGGGAAGUUUAUGGACUUGAAGACGAUUCUGGUGCUGGGGGGCGAUUCGAUGGACACGCAGUUUGCGGCGAUUCACACGCUGCCGGACAUUAUUGUGGCCACGCCUGGGCGGUUCCUGCAUCUGUGCGUCGAGAUGGACCUGAAGCUGUCGGCGAUUAAGUAUUGCGUUUUUGACGAAGCCGAUCGACUGUUUGAGAUGGGUUUCGGGGAGCAGCUGACGGAGACACUAGCUCGACUUCCGUCCUCGCGCCAGAUGGUGCUUUUCAGCGCAACGCUGCCCAAGGUGAUGGUGGAGUUUGCCAAGGCUGGGCUGAGCAAUCCGACGCUGAUCCGGUUGGACGUUGAGUCCAAGAUUCCGGAAACGUUGGACUUGCGGUUCAUUUACUGCCGGCCGGACGAACGGUACGCAACGCUGCUGGUUCUGAUACGCGAGGUCAUCCCGAAGAACGCCCAGAUUGUGGUGUUUGCCGGAACGCAGCAUCACGUGGAGUUGAUUUCGCUGCUCUUGACCAAGUCCGGGAUCCCGUGCACGCACGUUUAUUCCGGCCUGGACGCGUCAGCGCGUAAGAUCAACACCGCCAAGUUCACCAUGAAGAAGGUGAACGUGCUGGUCGUGACGGAUAUUGCCGCCCGCGGUUUGGACAUUCCAACGCUGGAUUACGUCGUGAACGUGCACUUCCCAGGCAAGCCCAAACUGUUCAUCCAUCGGGUGGGCCGAUGUGCCCGUGCCGGUCGUUCCGGAACCGCUUACAACAUCUUUUCCAACGACGACAUUGCGCACAUGAUUGAUUUGCACAUGUUUUUGACGCGACCGUUGGACGUGACGGAUUCGCGAAACAUGGGGCGAGCUCCGCCGGAAGCGGUCGAAUCCGAGCACCAGAUCGUGCUGGAACGCAUCAAGCACAUCGAUUUGGCCACGGCCUUCAGAGUGAGUAACAACGCUUACAAGCAGUACAUCGUCACGAGACCGGCGGCGUCCGCGAGUUCCAACAAGAAGGCGAAACGGUUCAAGAUUAGCGAGUUAAAAGUGCUGGACGAGUUCGCGGCCGCGAUGGAGAAGGAAAACGAGGCCAAGAAAAAGGACAAGCUGUUGGGGAAGAAGGCGAAAAAGCAGAAGAAGGCACUGACGACGAAGCAGGAAGAGAAGAAACCGGCGGUAGAUGCGGACGAAUUUCGGAACAGCUUCCUGGCGCAGAUGAAGAGCUACCGCCCGCAGACGACCAUCUUCGAGUUGAAUCCCAAAAGCAACGCCAAACGAAUGCUGAUCAUGAACGAAAAGCGCGAAAAGGACACGAUCAAGAUCGAAAAGCACAAGCGCAAGUUGGCCGAGCUGGAAGAGGAAGAGGAGAAGAAGGCUGCCCAGGCCGUCAAGGCUGAAGAAGAGUCCAAGGACAAGAAGACCGCCGUCAAGGACGACGAGAACUACAUUUCGUACCAGGCCAAGGACCACGUCGAAGAGGACGGUUACGCUAUCAACUCGUUCGCCAAGGAAGCCUCCAACGCGGAACUGUCGGUCAUCGGAGACACGGCCGCCGACCAGCGCCAACACCAGCGCCUGCAAAAGUGGGACCGCAAAAAGAAGAAGAUGGUCAACGUGGUGAACCCGAAGGCGGGCAAGAUCCGCACCGAGCACGGCGUCUGGAUCGCGGCGUCCUACAAAACCGGUCGCUACGACAAGUGGAAGGAGCGCACCAAGGUGGACGAGCAGGAACGCGCCCGCCAGAACGACAGCGACGAGGAAGAUUCCUUCUCCGCGAGACCUGCCGCCACCAGGAUGGACUUCCCGCACACGCACUGGGGUCGGCACAACGCCAAGGUGGCGGCGAAGAAGCAACGCGAGGGAACGUCGGAGCUGCGCUCGGUCGAACAGAUUGCCAAGACCCGGCUGGACAAGGAGGAAAAGCUGGCGCGCGAGAAGGUCGCCCGGUUGAAGAAUCUGGCCCGGAAGAAGCGCUCGAUCAACAAGAAGAUGAAGGGGAAGGCAAAGUGAGAGGCGGGUGAGUACGCGGAGGAUUGAGAUAUAUUUGUUUGUUUACUUGGAGAAUAGAUGCGAAGACGUGAA